GAACAAUCGCCGGUUGUCUGUUGUUUAUAUUUUGAGGCUUUUGUUUACUUUUAAUACUCUUCCGAUCGUUAUUUUUAAUAAACAGAACACUCGUUUUAAUAACGUUUCAUAAUUUUGUUUAGCAUAAAUCUCUCUCGGUCGUACAAUUUAACACCUCAUCAGUCAAGUGGUUCUUUGGAUUGUGACAUGCAUCUUUAAAGGGGUUGUCAAGCUUAAAAUCUCACCCAGAACAGCCCCAUGGAGCCAAGUAAUGAUGUGGUGCUUGAUAUCAUCGUUUCCAAUGUCGUAUCUGUCUUCAGAACAAGGUGCCAUUUAAACCUGCGCACCAUCGGCCUAGAGGGCACUAAUGUCAUCUACAAACCUGAAAUGGGGAAAGUCUUGAUGAAGCUGCGGAAACCACGCAUCACUGCCUCUAUAUGGUCGUCAGGGAAAAUUAUUUGCGCUGGAGCAACAAGUGAGGAGGAGGCCAAACUGGGUGCCCGACGGCUGGCCCGCUGUCUGCAGAAGAUUGGAUUUAAGGUGAGGUUCUCAGAUUUUAAGGUUGUAAAUGUGCUGGCGGUGUGCUCCCUGCCUUUUCAAAUCCGUCUCAUUGAGUUCACCAAAAAUAACCGUCCCAUUGCCAGCUAUGAACCUGAGCUCCAUCCUGCUGCGUCAUACAGAAUCAAAAACCUCAGGGCUACGGUGCAGGUGUUUUCCACAGGCAGUAUCACUGUUACAGGACCAAAUGUGCAAAGUGUGGCAUCUGCAGUGGAACAGAUUUAUCCUCUCUUGUUUGAGUGUCAGAAAACACUGGGAUAAAACAAACACACACAGGCACCAGUUUGAUAAAGAAGCACCUUAUCAUUGACUGUUUU